AUGUCUUCUUCUUCAUCUUCUCCUUCUCCACCAACUUCUUCUUCUUCUUUCGUCGUCGUCAUUUUGAAUUAUUUCUUCUUCUUCUUCUUCUUGUUUCGUCGUCGUCGUCAUUUCCAAUUUUCAUUGCUACCUAUUUUCAUCGUCAUUGUCAUAGAUUUUGAAUUAUUUCUUCUUCUUCUUCUUCUUCUUCUUCUUCUUCUUCUUCUUCUUUCGUCGUCGUCGUCAUUUCCAAUUUUCAUUGCUACCUGUUUUCAUCGUCAUUGUCAAAGAUUUUGGAUUAUUUCUUCUUCUUCUUCUUCUUUCGUCGUCGUCGUCAUUUCCAAUUUUCAUUGCUACCUGUUUUCAUCGUCAUUGUCAAAGAUUUUGAAUUAUUUCUUCUUCUUCUUCUUCUUCUUUCGUCGUCGUCGUCAUUUCCAAUUUUCAUUGCUACCUGUUUUCAUCGUCAUUGUCAUAGAUUUUGAAUUAUUUCUUCUUCUUCUUUUUCUUCUUCUUCUUCUUCUUCUUCUAUUCAUCAUCGUCGUUUUCGUAGAUUUUGAAUGUAUUCUUCUGCUGCUUCUUCUUCUUCUUCUUCUUCUGCUUUUUUGUUCUAUUUUACAUUCUUCUUCUUCUUCUUCUUUUUUUCUCCUCCUCCUCCUCCCCCUCCUCCUCCCCUCCUCCUCUUCCUACUUCUUCGCCUUCUUCUUCGUUUCCAUCUUCUUCUUCCUCUUCUUCUUUUCUCCUCAUUCUUCUUCUUUUUCUUUUCUACUGUCGUUAUCCUCGCCUUUGACAUCUUUUUCUUGUCACUACUUUCUACCAUUUAACACUUGUUCGUCUUUUUGCAUUGAUCUUCUUCUUCUUCUUUCUCAACGUCACCGUUUGCAGCUUAUUUUCUUUUGUUUUUGCAUUUUUUCUUCUUCUACUUCUUCUGUUACUUUUUCCUCUGCUUUUUCCAAAGUAUCAUCUUUUUUUUCUUUGUUUUUACCAUCAAACCCUACAUUUUCCCCAGUGAUCCCCCGUCUUUUCCUACCAGACAAAUCAAACGACCUCCUUUUCUCUCCUCUCGUAAAUGUUCAUAUACCACGAAUAACAAUGAUUUGCUUCCUUUCUCUAAUAUUAUGCAAAAAUCAUUAA